AUGAUUCGAGUUUUUACUUGUUUAAUCUUAUUCGGACAUAUAGUCAUAUCAACAUCAACAACAUGUACAGCCAACAACAUUCAAGGAACUUGUAUUGAUACAUCUUCAUGUUCAGGUAAAUCGGUACCUGGCAAAUGUCCCGGUGCUGUAAAUAUUCAAUGUUGUAUACCAACGACACCUUCUUGUAUAGCCAAUGGACAGAAUGGAGUAUGUGUUGAUACAUUGUCAUGUUCAGUUAAACCGGUACCUGGCAAAUGUCCGGGUGCUGCAAAUAUUCAAUGUUGCAUUUCUAAUAGUGAUUCUGGAAGCUCUAGUGAUGGUCUCUGUGGGAGUUAUAUUGGUGCUCCUGUGAGUUCGAUCGCUGGUAAUGAUAAUGUAAUGUAUUCAGUAGUUAAAAUCAAGCAAGAACAUCUUACUGAUCCAAGUACAUAUUCAUUACCACCUACUAGUUCAGAUAAUACUAUGACUACACAAACUGCUUGUGCAUUUGAUAAGAUGGCUUCCGCUGCUAAACAGGAUGGUGUAAUAAUUACUAUUUCAUCUGGCUUUCGUACACUUGUUCGUCAACAAUAUUUCUGGAAUUGUUAUCAAACACAAUCAUGUAACAAUGGUAAUUUAGCUGCUAAACCUGGUACUUCAAAUCAUGGUAAAGGUAUUGCUCUUGACUUAAAUACUAAUUGUGGUAAGCAAACAGGAUCUAAACCUGAUUGUAAUGGAAGCAAAGUCUAUCAAUGGUUAUAUAACAAUGCAGAUAAAUAUGGAUUUACUCGUACUGUUCAAUCCGAACCUUGGCAUUGGGAAUUCCGUGGAAUUGGUGUUUCUCGUGCCAGCUUUGCUUAA